AGUGUCUUUGAUAUGAAAAUAAAUCGCACGCCCUCUUUAGCUAAUUAGACGAAAAAUUUGGGAGAUGGAAGGCAAGCGAUGUCCGUAUUUUGUCAACGAGAUGAAAAAUCAACGCUUAAAUGACGCUAUUUGAGGGAUAUUCAUCAUACUAGGGGGAAUUGACUUCACAUUGUUCGUGUCAUGUUUUCUUCAAUCUGUCAGUCAUUAUUGACUCGAUCCAGUCAGUUUAUGGUGUCUGGUUUUAGGGGCACAGCAGCAAUACAAUGGCAGCAACUAAGAACUGUAGUUAUAGUGCGCCGUCUUUUUCCACCACCUAUUCCUAAACUUGGUAAGAAAUACACCAGACCGAAGAAGAGCCAUAAGGUUUACAUCUUAGAAGAGGAUACAACACAUCGACCAAGGCAAAAGCUUAAACUUAUUCUCAAAGAUGAUGUACCAAAGCUAGGUAACCGAGGAGAAGUGGUAAUGGUUGACAAGAGAAUAGGUAGAAACAAAUUAAUACCAUCAGGUGCUGCAGUCUAUGCUUCCCCAGAAAACAUUCAAGAAUUUGCAAUGACAAUGAAGAAAGAGAAGGAAGAGUCAACAGAUGAAGGAAGAUUAUCUCCAAUGGCAAUGAAGACAAUCAAGCACCUACAGAAGAACAUGUUAGAAGUUAGAAUGCAUGCAGACCCUGAAUGGACAGAAGUUACUAAGGAUCAUGUGAUUCAUGCCUUCAGACAUAGGCUUGGUGUUGUUGUGGCUGAACAUGCUCUGAAACUCCCAGAUGAAACCAUAACCAAAUGUGGCACAUAUCCAUUGGAAGUUACUAUCAAUGGCAUUGAAACAGUUCACAUGGAGAUGGAGGUUAUCAACUUCUUGCCAAAGAGGAGAAGAACUCAAGAAUCAGAGGGGAGUCAAGAAGAUGCAUGAUAUUGAAUCAAGAAAAAAAACAUUGUCCUUGAAUCUGUGUUAACCAUAUGCAAUCAUUAUACCUGACAAAGAUCCUUGUUUGGGAAAGCCAUAUCCUUUUAUAUCCCUUGCUUCUCUCUUGGUCAGGGAUAAGACCAAAUAGCCUUCAAGCAAGCUAUAAAAUACCUGUUAAAUGACCCUGAUUAACACACAGCCUCAACCACAGCUAGGGGCCACACAUGAGAAAUUACAUUAGAGAGGCUCUUCUGCCAGCUUGUACAUGUAUGCCCUCAUUUCUAUUCCCCUAUUUUCCUUUUUUCCAAAGUAGAUUCAUUUUUUGUUCGAAAUUACAAACGGGCGAGCAUUGAAUUGCUUAAUACAAAUAUGUUUUUGAAAUUCUUGUUAAAACUAGAAGAAAUUAAAUUCACUCAGAAUGAUCUACCACAGCCUGAAAUCUGUGACAUGCUCUUACCGUACAUAACAGUUAUUGUUGUCAUUAAGCCCUGGUGGGUGUUUCAUAAAUCUGUUCGAAAGUUAAGAGUGACUUUAAGAAUGACUAGUGAACCUUUCUUAUGUGCUAAAUAAUCCCCAAUAAGCACAUAAUGGUGAACAUCAUUUACCACAAGAAAGGAUCACCAGUCGUUCUUAAAGUGGCUCUUAACUUACGAACAGCUUUAUGAAAUGGCCCCUAGGCUUGAUCCUGAGGCUGGCCAUGCGGGAAUAGGAAGUUAUUUAACAGGGGGAUAUGGUUGAGACUUCUGAUUCUCUUAUGUGGCAAGUUUUUAAAUAGGGAAUAAUUAUAACAGGGAUUGGAGUUUGGUGGCAUGGGUUUCUAUAAAAGAAGCAUUAUUUGAUGUGUUAAAUCAUGUUUCCCCUGUACUUGUGAGAGCAUCAUGAAUUCAAUCGAUGGUCUUCUUGGCAUAAAAUACAUCUUCCAUGUAAAUGUGGAAAGAGAUUCAAGAAUUACAAAAUGUGUGUAUAGUCUCCUAACUAAUGUUGAAAGAUGUUGUAUGGAGAAAGUUGAGGCUGUAAUCAUAUGGUCCUUGAAGUGUUUUAUAAAGCUGUUUAGAAUUUGCAAAUUUUAUUCAGGACUUAUGAGUUCUCAACCACUUUGAUUUCCAUCAACCGAAAUUGAAAUCAAGUCUUGGUAUUUUUACUCACAAUUACACUUUUGAAAUUAGAGUAUGAUGCAUUAUAUAUUGAAAUAAGGCAUUAAGGAUGCCAUUUUCAGGCAAUAAUAUGAAUUUCUAAUUUUUCAAUAUAUUUUCUUCCAAGGAAAGCACCAAUUUUUGUGUACAAAUAGCAGCAUUCUAGAUUGUCCUCCUGUUCAUCAUUCUAAAGCCGGGUUGACACUUGUACACAUUGUGGUUCCCGCAUUUUGUGCACAGGAUGCACUCACGGGUGCCAAUGCAGGGACUAUGCUUGCCUACUUGCAAUAAGGUGUGGGAGGUGCAUGGCAGUCAGUGUGUGCCAAAAUUUUCAACAUGUUGAAAAUGGGUUACGUUCGUUAUUCCAAAGGUUAGUUAAUCCAAAAACGAAAUAAGCUUUGUUAGUCCAAAAUGAAAUAAGGUUCGUUCAUGAGACUUAUUAUUUUAUAUUUGAUUUGAUACAAGACAAUAAACCAAGAAAAACAUGUUAUGAAAGAAAAAAAAUCUACUUGGUCCCAUGUAGCUCGACCCUUCCGUCCACUAUCUGAAGAGGGGAGGAAAAAUGCUGUGAUGUAAACAGGCACAUUUAGGGACCAGGUCCGUUCAUGAAGCUAAUCCACUUAAUCCUCGUCAAGGUUGCAACUGGGCUCGGGCCGGCCCCGGGCCACCGAGUUUUAGAUGUAACAGGGUCUAAUUGCCCUUUUUGGCUAUCCCCCCACCCCCCAACAAAAAUAUGUUCCAUUGUCCCUGCCUUUCCCAUCCUCAAAACAAUUGAACAGCAAUGGUGUUUCCACCUCGGCUUCGCCACAGAUUAUUUCAUUUAUCGGAUUAACGAACCUUACUUCAUUUUUGGAUUAACGAACCUUCGGAAUAAAGAACCUUAUUUCAUUUUUGGACUUACGAACCUUAAGAAUAAUGCCACAAAUGUUUGGAUUAACGAAACCCUUUUUCACACCAGAACAUUUGAAUGUUUAAAUUUGCGCUAGAUACAUUACAGAAUACGGUGUCGAGAAUAUUUGCUGAAAGCAUGUCUGGACAGUGGGGGAACAUUGCGUGAAUUAUGUGCAAGCAACUAUGUCGUGAAUGUGUCGGGACAAUGCGUGCACUGAUAAAGGCAAGUCGUGCCACAAAAUGUCCCGUACUGGCACGCAUCAAUGCGGGCACCACAAUGCGUGCAAGUGUCAACCAGGCAUAAGUGACAUUUAUGUAUCAUGAGGGAAAAUGUUUUCUGUUUUUGGAGGGGAAUGGGGGACAAGCAAAUGAUUGUCUUGGAUUCAUUACUGUGUAUCAAAAAUUGAAAAAAUGAAACAGAUAAUUGAAAACAAUCUAUGAUCUACUGCACUUUUUAUUCAUAUGGGAACAGGAAACAUUCAUAUUUGGUUUUGAAAGUAAACAGCAUGGUAUACAGACCACACUACAUUUAGUAAUGAAGAGCAUCCUCCUAGAAAAAUGAAACUGAGUAUCAUUGUUAUAAAUUAAAAGUGAAUGACACAUACAUUAUCUGUUAAGCUUUUUACAUCCUCCUUUUUCAUCUUAUUCAAAUUAUAAUAUACUUUUCUGUUUAGACAAAGUAAAAGUAUCAAAAGUGUAAUUUCCUGGAAAAGUGCAAAAUUUGUAUGUAAUUUAAAUAGACACUGAAGCAUUAUCAGUGUUUUAUCUAUGAAAUUUUGCCUGGAAGGACAAAAAAUCAACGUUUUAUACAAACACAUUAAAACACAAUUAAGGUUAAUUUGUCUUUUUCUUCUUCUUGUCAAAGUUGGGCAGCAUACUUUCUACAUUAUAGAGAGGGUACCAAAAUAUCAGAUGGUAAUUUUUCUAGGGCCAUUUCAUACGACACCUCGUAUUAAAAAUUCCCGGAGGAAUAACAAAGCUACAUUUGUUUAAAAUAGUUUUUUUAACAAUGUUUGAUGCUAUGGCAGGGAGUCAGUGAAAACUAUUUGAUUUUUAUAAAAUCAUUGAAUAUAAGCAUUACUUAACUCUUUCGGUAUUAUAUAUUUCUCUUUGAAAUCAAGAUAUCACUGUACCUUCUCUUCUUCACUCUUGCUCAUAUAUGUGCAAUGAAUUGAUUAGAACUGUGGUUAACCGUUAAGUUCUGAUCAAAGAUCUUCAAAGCAGCACAUUUAUUUCAUUGAAGUUGUACAGUGUAUGUGAAUUUCUUUCCAAAAAAUAAUAAAUUUAACAAGGCAAAAGCAAUU